CUCCGCUUCAUCGCGUUCUCCUCUUCCACGCCCCGUCCAAGACCACUUAGCGGACCGGACUUGGCCAUAUAACAUGCAUACAUUGCAUCUGCUGCUAAGGGAAGCGGAGGAGGGAAGACGGUUGUUUGUGUCAACAAACUAACGGAUCGAUACGUGUCGUCCUCGUUAUGAUCUGAACUCAGCGUCUCUUUUCCCCACUGCUGCUGCUUCCCAUUUCUUGGUGUACGUCUCUUCCCUGCUCUAAUUGAUUCCUUCCGACCCGCUGCAUCCUGCAUUGUGCUGGACCGAUUCGGAGCUCUCUUCCCUCGUCAAUUGGUUCGUUGGCUUGCCUCCUUGACUAUCGGAGGCGGCAGAUGUCCGGCGCGGCCAAGGCGGUGGAGGAGCGGAGCGGUUUCUCCGCGAAGAUGGAUGCAGCGCCGGCCGCGGAGGGCGAGCAGCGGCGGCGGCCGGACGGUUGCAACCCGGUGAAGAAGCCGGGCCCGGUCUCCAUGGACCACGUGCUCCUCGCCCUGCGCGAGACCGGGGAGGAGAGGGAGGUCCGGGUCCGGAGCCUUUUCAAUUUCUUCGACGCGGCCGGCGUCGGCCAUCUCGACUACGCUCAGAUCGAUUCCGGCCUAUCCGCCCUUCGCGUCCCCGCCGAGUACAAGUACGCCAGGGACCUCCUCAAGGUGUGCGAUGCCAACCGGGACGGGCGUGUCGACUACCAGGAGUUCCGGCGCUACAUGGACGAUAAGGAGCUCGAGCUCUAUCGCAUCUUCCAGGCCAUCGACGUCGAGCACAACGGUUGCAUCUUGCCGGAGGAGCUAUGGGACGCUCUCAUCAAGGCAGGGAUUGAUAUUGACGAUGAGGAGCUUGCUCGUUUCGUAGAGCACGUCGAUAAGGAUAACAAUGGGAUUAUAACUUUUGAGGAAUGGAGAGAUUUUCUUCUACUUUACCCCCAUGAGGCAACGAUUGAGAACAUCUAUCAGUACUGGGAAAGAGUUUGUCUUGUGGAUAUUGGUGAACAGGCUGUUAUCCCAGAAGGUAUAAGUAAACAUGUGAAUCCAAGCAAAUACUUGAUCGCAGGAGGGGUAGCCGGAGCAGCUUCUCGGACAGCUACUGCUCCUCUUGACAGACUUAAAGUAGCUUUGCAAGUCCAGACAACACGGGCACGAAUUUUGCCGGCGAUAAAAGACAUAUGGAGAGAGGGUGGUUUCUUGAGUUUUUUCAGGGGGAAUGGCUUAAAUGUGAUAAAGGUCACACCUGAAAGUGCAAUAAAGUUCUAUACAUUUGAAAUCCUAAAGGAUUUCAUCGUCAAAGGCAAAGGAGAAGAGAAGAGUAAUAUCGGUGCCUCUGAGCGUCUGAUCGCUGGAGGUAUUGCAGGUGCAGUGUCACAGACUGUUAUUUAUCCAAUGGAUCUCGUGAAAACAAGACUACAGACCUAUGCCUGUGAAGCUGGUAAGGUUCCCAAUCUUGCUAUGCUUACAAGAGAUAUUUGGGUGCACGAGGGGCCUCGAGCUUUCUAUAGAGGGAUCGUCCCAUCUCUUCUUGGAAUCAUUCCAUUUGCAGGGAUAGAUCUUGCUGCAUACGAGACCCUAAAAGAUAUGUCUAGAACAUAUAUUCUCAAGAAUAGUGAUCCAGGUCCACUCAUGCAAUUAGGCUGUGGAACUAUCUCAAGUGCUCUUGGAGCAACAUGUGUUUACCCUUUGCAGGUUAUCAGAACAAGAAUGCAAGCCCAGCGCACCAAUCCAUCCAAUAACUAUUACGGAAUGUCUGAUGUGUUCUGGAGAACACUCAAAAACGAAGGACUUUUAGGAUUCUACAAGGGGAUAAUCCCAAAUCUGCUCAAAGUAGUGCCGGCUGCUGGUAUUACUUAUCUAGUCUAUGAGACCAUGAAGAAGAGCCUUUCUCUUGAUUAAGAAAUUGUUUGAUUUUGCACCAUAAAAACCACAGUUAACAUGAAUAUAAUUUUUAUGAUUUAAUAGGAAAAGCAUACAGAUUGAAUACUUGAAAAUUUUCUUUUUUUAGUUGUGUCAUGGUUUUUUUUUUCCUUCCCAUUCCUUGGUGUCAAUAACAUGAGCUUCAUGAGCUGGCUCUUACUCGGGUACAGUUCCUGUUUAUGUAGGCUGCUUUAUCUCUGCCAAAAGUGAUUACAGUACUUUUUUGUUAUAAA